CAAAAGCAUGCGCCUUCACUUUGUGUUUCCUGUGAAACAUUUUUGUUAUUUAUUUCGACUUUUUGGUUGUUUUUAGUUUGAAAAAAUGAGUAAAUAUAUUUUCCCGCUUUCUGUUAUUGGGACGGUGGCUGGAUUCGCUGCUUUACUGAAGAACCAUGUGAGUGGUGGGCGGUGUCAUAGUAACGCUACCAUUGACGGGAAGACUGUGGUUAUAACGGGAGCCAACACGGGCAUUGGUAAAGAGACUGCACGAGCACUAGCCAAAAGAGGUGGUCGAAUUAUAAUGGCAUGUCGGGAUAUGGAAAAGUGUGAGGCAGCUGCCAAGGAAAUACGGGGGAGUACCCUGAAUCCUCACGUUUAUGCGUCUCACCUUGACUUGGCCUCUUUGAAAUCCGUCCGACAGUUUGCAGAAAGAAUCAAAGAAAAGGAGCAGCGUGUGGAUAUUCUUAUUAACAACGCAGGGGUCAUGAGAUGUCCAGUGGGGAAGACAGAAGAUGGCUUUGACAUGCAGUUUGGAGUUAAUCAUCUAGGCCACUUCUUGUUGACGAAUCUUCUGCUGGACAAGUUAAAAGCGUCCGCCCCCAGCAGAGUGAUCAACCUGGCCUCACUCGCCCACAUCGCCGGGGAGAUUGACUUCCGCGACUUGAACUGGGAGAAUAAGAAGUUUGAUACCAAACAGGCAUACUGUCAAAGCAAGCUUGCCAACGUUCUAUUCACCCGAGAACUCGCCAGGCGAUUAGAAGGUACAAGAGUCACCGUGAACGCUGUACACCCAGGUAUUGUCGCCACAAAUCUCGGGAGGCACACCGGCCUCCACCAGUCACAGUUCUCCAGCUUUGUUCUCAGUCCCUUUUUCUCCAUGUUGGUGAAGAGCCCUGAGCUCGGCGCUCAGCCCAGCAUCUUUCUCGCCAUAGCCGAAGAGCUGGAAGGGAUCACAGGUCGCUACUACGAUGUGAUGGCAGAAAAGGAACCGGCACCUCAGGCCCUGGACGACGAAGUGGCACGGAGGCUGUGGGAGGUCAGCAGCAGGAUGGUAGGACUGGAGGAGAACAGGCCGGGCGGAGAGCCAAAGCCAGCAGCAGCAGAGGAGCGGAGCAGAGCCACGUGGACCGACUCAGCCCAGAGACAAAAAGAGAGUCCGGACUCGACCUGAGCCCGGUCUCUAAAUCAUCAUCUUGUCUUCCUCCAUCAGGGUGUUUUAUUUAAUCUGCUGAUGCUGGUGUCACACGGUGGUGUUGUUGGGGUUAGGUGUUGACAUCAGGUGUGAAACAGUAAUUGGUCACAUGACAGCAGCCGGAAAAAUAGACAGAAUUAUUCUGCUGGCAGCCGGAAAGACAGCUGCUGCUUUUCCUGAAAGUAUCAGCUGGCGUUUUCUUCUUCUCCUGGUUUUGAUAAAUUUACACUGAUUGAGACAUAUUUGUGUUGACAAAGAAAGCAGUUCAGAU